GGUGUCUUUUUUUGCUUACAAAGGUCAUAUAAGGUCAGAAAGAGUUAUUUAAAAUCGGAUCUUGCAAGGAUGCGAAAGACAAAGUGAGUCUCCUAUGUAGCCACUCUCAGAUGACCCCUGUCAGCAAUUCAUGUUUAUUUCUUCAACCCUUUUGUUUUAUAAUUUGUUUCAUAACUAUAUAUUGCUAUUUGGCAACAUUGUAAAUUUCCGCCCUUCACCUCCAUAUUCCUGGCUAUUUCCCAGCAUCCCUCAGCCCAGGAAUCCUCAGGUAGAAGUAGCAUGCCUCGUACAGUCUUGUAGGUGCAGGCUUGAUUCCUGGCUCUUUGUUAGUUCUGCCGCUUUGGGCCAGUUAAAACCCUGUUCCUUAACUUCUCAUCUGUCAAAACAGAACAAACAGUAUAUUAAAAAGAAUGUAAAAAGAAACAGUGACAAAAAAAAAAAAAAAAGCAGUGACUGGCCUGCAGAUACGGUUAAUUUCCCUCCCUGUUUCUCUGUCAGGUCACCCAUCACUUAGGACCUUUCUCAUGAUGGUGGAAAGCGAUCUAGUACUUAAGUCUCCCGAAGGUACUGAGCCUCCUGGGUGUUUGCAUUUUCACAGCGAUCACCUGCUCUAUCUGAUCCUAGAAUUUCUGGGACGAGGACUGACUCCUGAUGUGGCUCAGAUUCUCCCCGUCAGGGCUGAAGAGUGCCAGCUUGCACAGCGAGGGGGAAGGGUUCCUGUAGUGUGUUUAAAAAGCUCUGACACUGUUUCCAAAACAGCGAGGAAGACACACGACUGCCUUUAGCUGAGUGCUUGGAGUUAGGGUUUCUAUUUCAGAAACGUCUGUGGCUGAUAAGAAUUGCAAUAAAAAUGCUGAUCCUUCAUGUCCAGACUGUCACGAUUUUGCCAAGUCGCAGGUUUAAUAACACAGCUAAGCUGUGUACUUAGUGUCUCUAAUACUGCUCGGGAAUCCAAGAGACAGGUCCGCAGACAUCAGAUUUCACACCAGACAUCCGGUUUCACUUUGCUAAGGAGCACAUUUUGUCAGUAGAUUAUAGGCAUAUCAGCUGCACCGCUAUGGUGUGUGGCACUUCUAUCAUAAGCUCUGGUCUGUAGGAUUUAGUAUGGUGUGUUAUUCAAAUGACAGCACGCUGUAAAUUAGCGUCUGGUCAGAUAAGCGCGUUUCCCACAGGUGUCUUCCGGUGUCCUUGUUUUUACACGUUAACAAGGCAAAUUAGUUUCCAUCCUUGGCGAUUUUCUUGUAGAAGGAACAUAUUCCUAAAGAAAAAUCUCAUUUAAGAACCCUUGCAUUCCAAAAAUUCAUUUUCAAGCCCACUUUUGUUUGUAAUGUUGAAUAGAGUAAUUAGAGGAAUAAAACCACACAUAGUAUUUAGAUUUCCAGGUCGGGACCCGAAAGCCAUGUUUAACUUGCGUGGCCGUCAUGUGUUAGUGGUACCGCAGACUCUAACCAACACUUAUUCUAGCGUUUUGGAGAAUAACGUGUUCCGAGUGCCAACCUAAAAUGGCUCUGCCACAUUCCUGUCGGUGCCGAGGCGUCAGGGCUGAGGAAGUACUCUGCAGGCCGUCACUCUGGGUUCUGGGCCAGCUCUGUCACUGCUCAGCUGUGUGACCUUGGACACACAUUCCUCAUCUGGAAAAUGGGGUCAUCACUUGCGAUUACUGUGAGAUUCAGCGAGUGUAAAAUAGCGUGAAACCCGGCGCAAAUAGGUUCUCAGCAAGAACAGCGGCCCUUGCCACAAGAGCAGAGACAGCCCGCUGGCCAGGACAGGUGGCUCCGACCAAGGGGGACGUCCUGUGGAAUCUGGGCUUUGGUAGUGGGGACUGGGAAAGGCACGUGGAGAAUAAUGACAAAGGGGAGGACAGGUGGACUCAGGGGAAGGUACCAGCCUUUCCAUCAGCUCGUGGAGGUAGGUUGAUGAAUUAGUUGACUCAGAAGGAACCACCUUUAUCGCUGGCCUUUCCAUGGACCUUGUCAGGUGCUGCAGUGGACACUCUGACGUCCUGAUUGUCUGCUGACUCCAAUGAUUAAGGGUUUUUCUUUGUCACCCUGAUGCUGCCUGAAUAACCAUGUAUUUCUAUUUUUUUAUGGGUGGGACUUAGCAAUAGAUAUCUGUGCUUCCUUAAGAUAUGGAUUUUUCCUAUACUCAAAGUAUAUCCACUGGAUAUCUUCUUGGCCUUUCAUUGGCCUACAGUUUGUUUGUUUGUUUAUACUGUAUGCUGUGCGCAUCGAAGUAGUGCCGAGGAUGGAAGGAGGUGAAAGUCACUGUCCUUGAUUACGGAGCUUGCAAUCUGGUGGAACAGCACACAUCUGGACCGGCAGUUCACAUAUCAGCGCUCUUCGCCUUAAGGGAGACAGGCGCAGAGGGAGGCCCGCGGGAGCGCUCGACCCCGGACGCAGACCCCGGUUGAGGAAACUGAGGCCUGGAAGUGAGUUGAUCAGCCACGCAGCUGGGUGUAGACCGCCUUGGGGCCCCUGACUCUGUUAUCACACUCCUUCUUGAGAGCCACAGUGGAGUAGCGGUAUGGCGCAGGCUCAAGGCUGGCUGAAAAGAUACCUCAAGGCCUUCUGUAAAGGCUUCUUCGUGGCAGUGCCUGUGGCGGUGACUUUCCUGGAUAAGGUCGCCUGCGUGGCGAGAGUGGAAGGAGCUUCGAUGCAGCCUUCUUUGAAUCCCGGGGGAAGCCCAUCAUCUGACGUGGUGCUUUUAAACCACUGGAAAGUAAGGAAUUUUGAAGUCCAGCGUGGCGACAUCGUGUCACUGGUGUCCCCUAAAAACCCAGCACAGAAGAUCAUUAAGCGAGUGAUCGCUCUUGAAGGAGAUAUCGUGCAAACCAUUGGACACAGAAAACGCUUUGUCAGAGUGCCCCGUGGCCAUAUGUGGGUCGAAGGUGAUCAUCACGGACACAGUUUUGACAGCAAUUCUUUUGGGCCGGUGAUAUUGAAUAUCUUCAGAUACGUUUGCAAGAGAAGUGUAUCCAGAGUUUUGUCUAAAACUGAAUGUUGGUGGUCUGUAUAGUAUGAUAGAAGAGAUGAGAUCGGAUAAGUAUAUGAGUAAGUGGAAGAAAACUGUAAGAGACGACUCCUACCUUUUUUUCCUGGUUGUAAUGAUGAUACAACUUUCUAAGUUCUUCCUUGCUUUUGAAUCAUAUUUAUUACAAAAUACAAUUUAAUCCUUGUAGCGUAUACCAAAGAUGAGAUGGACAGAUUGGAAGUGGAGGUUACUUGCAAUACGGUAGGAGUGAUCGUUAUGAACAAAUUUAGCAGCAACUUGAAAGUGAAAGUA